UCCCUCGACCAAUCAGAGGCGGCUGGGAUGCUCGGCAGAGCUAUAAAUCCGACGUGGACGCGGUGAGAAAAACAGGAAUGAAAAACAAUAGAAACCUACACUUCGACCACACAUCCAGAGACUCUGUCGAUCUGUUGAUAUUUUUCUACACUUAACAUAAGGUUUUGGGGUCAAGAAAAUGGCCACCUCAGCAAGUUCUAAACUGAACAAAGCUGUUAAGCAGCAGUACAUGAGUCUCUCCCAGGGAGACAAGGUCCAAGCCAUGUACAUUUGGAUAGAUGGAUCUGGAGAGGGACUGCGGUGCAAGACGAGAACAUUGGAUUUUGAACCAAAAACAAUUGAAGACCUCCCCGAGUGGAACUUCGAUGGCUCCAGCACCUACCAGUCAGAGGGCUCCAACAGCGACAUGUUCCUGAUCCCCGCCGCCAUGUUCAGGGACCCGUUUAGAAAAGACCCCAACAAGCUGGUGCUCUGUGAAGUGCUCAAGUACAACCGCAAGCCAGCAGAGACGAAUCUGCGCCACACCUGUAAACAGAUUAUGAGCACAGUGGAGAACAACCACCCGUGGUUUGGUAUGGAGCAAGAGUACACCAUCCUGGGCACAGAUGGGCAUCCCUUUGGCUGGCCGUCCAAUGGCUUCCCAGGUCCUCAAGGGCCUUAUUACUGUGGAGUGGGAGCAGAUAAUGCGUACGGAAGAGACAUAGUGGAGGCGCACUACAAGGCCUGUCUGUACGCUGGGGUUCAAAUCUGUGGGACCAAUGCCGAAGUCAUGCCAGCACAGUGGGAGUUCCAGGUUGGACCUUGUGAAGGUAUCAACAUGGGGGACCAUCUGUGGGUUGCUCGCUUCAUCCUUCACAGAGUUUGCGAGGAUUUCGGCGUGGUGGCGUCCUUUGACCCGAAACCAAUUUCAGGGAACUGGAACGGCGCUGGCUGUCACACCAACUUCAGCACCAAGGAGAUGCGAGAGGAAGGAGGUCUUAAAAUCAUUGAAGAGUCCAUCGAAAGGCUGGCGAAGAGGCACAGAUAUCACAUCCGGGCAUACGAUCCUAAAGGCGGGCUCGACAACGCCAGACGGCUCACCGGUCACCACGAAACCUCAAACAUCGACGAGUUCUCGGCUGGCGUGGCUAACCGCGGGGCCAGCAUCCGCAUCCCUCGCUCGGUUGGGCAAGACAAGAGGGGCUACUUCGAGGACCGCCGUCCGUCCGCCAACUGCGACCCUUACAUCGUCACGGAGGCGCUGGUUCGCACAUGUUUGCUAAGAGAAGAGGGAGAGGAGCCCACAGAUUACAGCAAAUGAACAGUCUGAGAAGUAUAAUAAACAGUACUGUAUUUAGCCUUGCAUUUACUUCAAGACUCUGCAGACUGACCUUUAUUUUAUGCUUUGUUUUUUUACUUGUUAAUGAAAUAAUGAAACAAUGAAAUAAUGAUGAGGUAUUUCCGUAUCCUUUGUGCAUUAAGUGUUGUGCAGCAACUGAAGCGAACACUGCCUUUUUGUCAGCAACGCGUUUUGUAAUGGGGUCACGGUGUCACUUGUAUAGACGCACAGUCUUGUGUUUAACAUGUACUAAUGUGAACUGUCUAAACCCAGGGGCAUUUUGCGGAUAACUCCUGUAACUCUCAUCCAAAGGAUUCCAAAGGCAUUUGAAUGUUUUAAUAUUUUUGGCUUUUGUCACGACGGUGGUUUUAUCAUGUAGGUGAAGAUACUAUGUAAGCUAAUCUACUUCUGUAUGUUUUGUUUUUUCUAAAAAAAGAAAAAAAAAGAUGCAUGUCCGAUUUGUCUCUCUUUUUCAUUUAUAACCAUCAAAUUCUUUAAUAAACAGCCAACAUUUUUAUAUUGUGA